CGCACUGUUUCUCACUUUGUGCCUUUUUUUUUUUAUGAAGACGCCUCUGAUCACCUGACAUUUUUGCCCUUUCUUAAGUGUUCUUUCUCCGAGGUGCCACCAGUUUGGCUGAGGAGCUCACGAGUGUCCCGCAGCUGACUGGAACCAUUGUGACCUGCACAGAGGCGUCCUUGGCCUCCGCCUGCAGACCUCCGCACAGAUCCUGCUGCCAGCGCCAGGACAUACCCGGUACGGAGGGGGAGAUACAGCCUGAAGAUCACUCCAUGGCUGAGGCACCUCCACUAUCAGAGGAAUUGUGCAGCAGCAAACCUAAGCAGAGCCAGUCCCUUCCUCUGGGUGGCCAAAUGGGUGAUCAGGCGGCAAAAACUUCCAAGAAAAAGAAUACUGCCCGGAAAUCAUCUAUGGGACGAAAUGUCCCUCCUGCAAAGGACAGCUCAGUAGGACAAAACCAACUGGUGCAAGACGAGAAGCAAUUCAAAAACUUAAUGUUCCAAAGUCCAAGACCUCAGGUGGCUGACUUCAAUCCUGGAAUUAGAGAGGAGAAAAAGAAAAAGCAUGUGUUGGGGCCGAAACAAUUUUUUUCUAAGUCGAAAGCUACAAAGAAGUAUGACAAACAUGGCAGGCUGCUUUCUAAUGACACCGAUUUGUGUGAUUGCCUAGAUGUGAACUGCCAGGGUUGCUUCUAUCCUUGCCCCAAAUGCAGUUCCAGGAAAUGUGGACCAGAAUGUCGCUGCAAUAGGAAAUGGGUUUAUGAUGCAAUUGAGACUGAAACUGGGGAUGUGAUUAGCAAGUUUCCAUUUCCUGAUAAUUAUCACAACUGAGCAGAGGUUCUUCUUUCUUCACACUUUAUUAAAGUAAAUCUUGGCUUUAUGAUAGUCUUUAGUGAAGUGCCUGGCAGCAGUUCUUGUGCUUCUUUAUUGCUGCCUACCUAGCAUAUUUUAACCUUCCCCCUUAAGUAAAAGUAUGUAUUUCAUUCUUCCUCAUCCUUUCAAGCUUUAAUGAGGCAUCUAGUCAGUCCCCUCUAAAUCUUGACUUUCUAAAACUAAACUGCUGAGUGAAGACAAUUUUUUAACCCUAGGAAGCCGAACCACGUUACUUGUAAUGAGUUUUAUUCUUGUAGAUUUCUCUGCUUGUUCAUUUACUCAGAUGUGUGACACAGCUCACUCUUUUCUGAAUGCUUGUCCAAGUGUUGCUUCCUUAUGAUGCAUUCAGGUCUUGUAUAGAUGAGGCAGGAGUCAUCUGAGAUAACACUGUUCUUUAAAAUUACAUCAUCACUUUCCAUGUCCCUCUGUAUAUAAAGCAAAGGAGAGCAGAAACUACUCUGCAAUUCUUUCUUUCUGCCCAGACUACAAUACUGACAUCAAAAUGUUUCAUCAGCAUUUUUUUUUUUUUUUUACAGCUUAUGGCACACUCAACCUUGAUCAGUCAUUAAUUAUAUAGCUAGAGGUAAAUGCAUUGGUUAUUUUUGCCUGUGGACAGGAAAAUCUCUUCCAGCAGUUACCUUCCUCUUCAUGCAAGACAUGACAGAUUUCAAAUACUAUAACUUACACCCAGUCUUCUUAUGAGGUACGUGUUCUCAUUCAUGAUGAACACUCACACUCUUUCUGAAGAGUGAGGGUCUCUCUAGAUCUUCAAGGGGGGAAGGUUGCAGAUUGCUGCAGAUGAUCUUCAGGAGUGUACUGCUAGUGGGGGAAUCAUUCCCUGGGCCCAGCACUUGUUUUUGAGCAGACUCUCUUGCUUUGAAUGUGGCACCACUUUUCUCCUCUACAAGAGGCCGUUCUCUGGGGACAAAGACUUCCCGCUCCAAAGCAGUCUCAGAGAAGAAAAUUCCUGGAAUAGAUCCCAAGAAUGCCUUAACAGCACAAUCUUCUGACCUGAUACCUCAGAAAGAUUUGUUGCUCCUCUCAACCACUGACAUCUCAGCACUUCAGCCUGUAGCAUAAAACAAGCCAGUACCAAAAAACUUAAUAGAAAUAUUUGCUAUGGUGGUUCAAACACUCCCUGUUUGGCCACCAGCUCUGGUGCUGUUCUCUCACAUACCUCACUGGUCCCAAUCAGGAGAUCAGAUAGUCCACAUCAUCUUUGAGCUAUAUUUCUUAAGGUAGAUGGAAAUCCUGUCAAUGUAGUCAGGGAUUGGUUUCUUAUUCCAGGUGUGCCACAAACUCAUUCUGGACUUGAUUGAGUAAGUAGCUCUUCAAGAAAAUAAAGUUGAUUUACAUGGACAGGAAGAUGGCAGUCUUCUUUUGAAAUAACCUCAAGAUGUGAAAUGGACAUGUUUGGAUAAGCACCUCCUUCCACUUAAACUAUUUGUGUUUUUGCCAAGUAGAUUCCUGUAGUAAUUUUUUUAGAAAUGGGAUUAAAAGCAGAUUGGUUUAAA